CUGGUUGAGUGAAUGUUCGGCAGCCGUCACUGAUUCCACUGACUAAAACUCUUUAGAUUUACGCUUUACACACAGUCUUUUUAGACUAUUCUCAGUUUACACACAAUGUGUCCAGAAUUAUCAAUAUAACUUAAUAUUUAAAUUAAAAUUAAUCUUAUAUAAUUUUUGUUAUAAUUAAACAAUGUCUACAACAACUGAGCGCAGUGACUCUGAGAGCGAGCCUGUCGCGCGAGCGGCCUGGGCUUCAAAAGCAUCGAGCUUCGAAAGAAUCGAUAUGAGCAAAGAAAUGAAUGACAACAGCCCAGCAGACAAAGGGAAGAAGGGGAAAGCAGUGCAUGUCUUCUUCCAUAAGCUGUGCGCGUCUGUGAAGCAUCCAGACAGAGUGCUCCGUCUCCCAGCACAGACGGACGCUCAUCUGGACGACCCUGAGGUGAUGGCUGUCCCGGGUCCUUCGACCAUUCCUGAUCUGCUGUGUCUGCCGGGUCAGGUGUGUGCAGAUCUGGAGCACUCCUCCAGGAUCAGAGAGCCAAAGCUUCAUCCAGAUCCAUUCACUCUCAGUCUCUGUCACAAAGAAGCUAAGAAAGGAAGGAAGAGGAAAGCGGUCCGUGCCUUCUUCCGGAGAGCAUGUGAGGCUGUGAAGCAGCUCUUCUCCUGCUGCGACUCGGAAAGAGUCCAGCCUCCUAAAGCAGAGCCGGAUCUGGACCCAUCCCAGCUCGUUCUGCCAGAGCAGGACCAGGUCUCUGCAGACCUCCAGUCAUUUCCUGAGGAAGAAGGUCCCUCUGAGAUCCAGUCCCACGAUGAAGAUCUGUCCGGUCCAGUGUCUGGUUCAGAGUCAGGUUCAGAGUCGGGUCCAGUGACCGGUUCGUGGUCGAUCGUGUCAGAAACGGGUUCAGUGUCGAUCGUGUCAGAAAUGGACACAGUGUUGCCUGAUCCGGAAAUCGAGCUAGCUCAAGGAUCCUUUGUGUCUUUGUUCGAAGUGGGACAUCUGAUCGCAUCAGGGAACUUCAGCAAGGUCUAUGAGGGAACACAUGCAUUCAGCGACAAAGUGAAGGUUGCUCUAAAGUGUAUCGCCAAGCGCAGAGCGGACCGUUGUAAGUUGGCUAAGCCUGAAGAAUAUUUGGUGUUUUUAUAA